CUGCAGGCUUCCCAAAUCCCCACACCCCCAACACCUUGACAGCCCAGAAAGUUUACAAAAAUGGAGGACGCGGAUUUGGACCAGAUCAGAAAGGCUCGUCUAGAGCAGCUCAAAGCUCAGGGCGGCGGCGGGGGAGCGAGGGCCUCUGGUGGCGGCAAUAGCCAGGAGCAGCAAGCACAAAAGCAACAACAAGAAGCCGAGGCGCGCAAGUCGGCGCUGAACCAGAUCCUCGAGCCCGAGGCGGCGGACCGGCUGGGGCGGAUCCGGCUGGUCAAGGAGCAGCGGGCGACCGACGUGGAGAACCGGCUGAUCAUGCUGGCGCAGUCGGGCCAGCUGCGGCAGAAGGUGACCGAGACGCAGCUCAAGGAGCUGCUCAACGCCAUGGUGGACAGCCAGGAGCAGGAGAAGAUUGUGGUCAACCGCCGAAAGGGGUGGGAUGAUGAUGAGGAUGAUGAUGAGUUGUUUGGUUUGUAAGGGGUGGGGUGCGUUUUGG